CAUUCCGGAGACCCAAACCACAAGCACCAUUUCACACUCUCUCUCCUCACCUCCAACUCAAACCUUCUUCGCUCCUCCGCCGUCUAACAUUAUUAGGGUUUUGUAACGAGCCGGUUUCUAGGGUUUCGCCCGUCCCUCUCUCCUCCUCUCCAAGCACGCAUGGCGGCCGCCGUCACCACAUCCGCCCCCACGGCCCGUGCCUCCUCCUUCAAUACGGAGAGCUACGUCGACAACAAGCGACGCGACGAUGUGCGGCAGGCCAACAUCAUCGCUGCUCGCGCGGUGGCGGACGCCGUGCGCACCAGCCUCGGCCCCAAGGGCAUGGACAAGAUGAUCGCCUCCGCCUCCGGCGAGGUUAUCAUUACCAACGACGGGGCCACCAUCCUUAACAAGAUGGAGGUCCUCCAGCCCGCCGCCAAGAUGCUCGUCGACCUCUCCCGCUCGCAGGACGCCGCCGCUGGCGACGGCACCACCACCGUCGUCGUCCUCGCCGGCUCCCUCCUCCGCCACUCCCUCUCGCUCCUCUCCGCCGGCAUCCACCCCACCGUUGUCUCCGACGCCCUCCACCGCCUCUCCCUCCGCGCCGUCGACAUCCUCCAUCGCAUGGCCGUCCCCCUCGACCUCUCGGACCGCGACUCCCUCGUCAAGUCCGCCGCCACCUCCCUCAAUAGCAAGGUCGUCAGCCAGUACUCCUCCCUCCUCGCGCCCAUGGCCGUCGACGCCGUCCUCUCCGUCGUCGACCCCGCCCACCCUGAUCUCGUUGACCUCCGCGAUGUCAAGAUCGUCAAGAAGCUGGGUGGCACCGUAGAUGACACCGAGCUUGUCAAAGGCCUCGUCUUUGAUAAGAAGGUCAGCCAUGCUGCCGGAGGCCCUACCCGUGUUGAGAAUGCCAAGAUAGCUGUUAUCCAGUUCCAGAUCUCCCCUCCCAAGACCGACAUCGAGCAGAGCAUCGUUGUCUCAGAUUACACUCAGAUGGAUCGCAUUCUCCGAGAGGAGCGCAACUAUAUACUUGGGAUGGUGAAGAAGAUUAAGGCGACCGGGUGCAAUGUGCUUCUCAUCCAGAAGAGUAUUCUUAGGGAUGCCGUGACCGACCUUUCGCUGCACUACUUGGCCAAGGCCAAGAUUUUAGUGGUCAAGGAUGUCGAAAGGGAUGAGAUUGAGUUCAUUACGAAAACGCUGAACUGCCUGCCCAUUGCCAAUAUUGAGCAUUUCCGGGAGGACAAGCUGGGAUUUGCUGAUUUGGUGGAGGAGGUUUCGGUCGGCGAUGGGAAGAUUGUAAAGAUCACGGGGAUCAAGGACAUGGGGAGGACAACAACUGUGCUUGUCCGGGGAUCAAAUCAGCUUGUCAUCGACGAGGCGGAGCGGAGCCUUCACGAUGCCCUCUGUGUUGUCAGAUGCUUAGUGAAUAAGAGAUUUCUGAUUGCUGGUGGGGGUGCUCCUGAAAUUGAGAUGUCAAGGCAGCUAGGAGCAUGGGCAAAGGAACUGCAAGGUAUGGAGAGCUACUGUGUUAAAGAGUUCGCAGAGGCGCUUGAGGUCAUUCCCUACACUUUGGCGGAGAAUGCAGGGCUAAACCCAAUAGCCAUCGUGACAGAGCUAAGGAACCGGCAUGCCCAGGGUGAGAUCAAUGCUGGGAUCAAUGUGAGGAAGGGCCAGAUAACAGACAUCUUGGAGGAGAAUGUCGUGCAGCCUCUGUUGGUUAGUACCAGUGCAAUUACACUAGCAACCGAAUGUGUAAGGAUGAUCUUGAAGAUUGACGACAUAAUCAUGGUAAGGUAGAGUGGGAUAUGUCAACUGCUACGGUUGUUUGAACCUUGGAUGAUUUUGUUUAGCUUAAACCCUCCUAAUUUAUGGAAUGAAGUGCCAAGAAAAAUGUUUGUUCUGGUUGUUUCAAGUCUUGAUAUUUUGGCUUGGUGGUUUAAGUGUAUUUCUGAGUCCUUGUGGGUUCUGUAAGCACUGUUUUCCUUGCUCUGCUGGUAUUAAAAGGGGAGCUACGCACGCUUUCUGUAUGUUACGUGCUUGUUUUUUAAGUAAACUAUCAUAUUGCUGGAUCGGAUCAAAUGAUUGGCAUUU